AUGAAGCCCAUCGGCGACGGUCUCUACGAAUGCGUCUAUUUGCGUGGCCAUCCGAGCCUGAGCGCUUCCAAUACAAACGACGGUUCUUAUCACUCUCGCGAUAUCUUCCAGAAGCACCCCAGUCUUCCGAACCGGUGGAGGUAUGUUUCGCGGUUAGACGAUCAAAUCACCCUCGUCAAUGGUGAAAAGAUGCAUCCCCUGUGGAUCGAAGGGACGAUCAGACAGCAUCCCUUGGUGCAGGAAGCCGUUGUGGUCGGGAUCCACAAGGCCGUGCCGGGCCUGUUAAUCUUCCGCUCGAAGCACGCCCAGGAUCUGGACGACAAAGCGAUUGUGGACCAGGUUUGGAGAGCCGUCGAAGAUGCCAACUCCCGCGCGGAACAAUUUUCGCGGAUCUCCCGAGGACUGGUCAAAGUCUUGCCCGCCGGUGUCACGUGCCCAGCCACGGACAAGGGAUCUAUGAUCCGAGCUCAAGUGUAUAGGCAAUUCGCUACAGCGAUCGAAGAGAUGUACCCGUCUUCGGAGGCAGGGACCGGUGCCCUGUUAUUGGGGGUCAAAGAAACCGAAGGGUAUCUUCUCAAGCUUUGCCAAGAAGACCUGGGUCAACAGAUCACGCCAACCAAUAACCUUUACUCCAAAGGGGUGGACAGUCUUCAAGCGAUCAGCCUCCGCCGGAUGAUUCUGAGGGACUUCCGGUUCCCCGGGGAGCGGACGCUCCGUCCGAACAUCGUGUACGAGAUGGGAAGUAUAGCUCGGCUGGCGAAAGAAAUUUGCGCGAUCCAGCAGGGCCGGCUCACGGACGCCCCGGACGGUUCUCAGGCACUCGCAAAUAGUCUGUUCGCACAUAGUCUAGUCCAGAAGUACGGGUCGUUCAAACGUCACCACGCUCCAGGGACCUGUGCCUCUGAUCGCAAAGCUGUGAUCUUGACCGGCGCGACCGGGUCCACCGGUGCGCAUCUGCUCGAGAGGCUGGUGGACGAUACGACCGUCUCCACGGUAUACUGCCUCACGCGACAAUCCCGGCCGAAAGAAGCCAUCUUGCGCAGUCUUGCACACAAGGGCCUGGCCGUUGUCGAGCCCGACGCCUCCAAAAUCGUCGGCCUCGAGAGUAGGCUGGACCGAGCGGAUCUCGGCCUCGAUCCAUGCGUGUUGCACGAGUUGAGGCAAUCCGUCUCCCUGGUCAUCCACACCGCAUGGCCUGUCAACUUCGCUUUGCCACUGGAGAGCUUCGAACCACACAUCCAGGGCCUCCACAACCUGAUCAACUUCUCGCAAUCGGUCGACUCCGCCACUCCGGCCGUUGUCCUGUUCUGCUCCUCGAUCUCAACCGCCCUUGCGUCAUCCGUAUCGGACAUCGAGGAGACACCGCUGGCGAUCGAGUCGGCCCUGUCCAUGGGCUACAGCCAGUCCAAGUGGGUGGGAGAACAGAUCGUCAGUCACUCGCGGAGUAUGGGCGCGCGUGCCUAUUCCCUGCGCAUCGGACAGAUUUCCGGUCACUCCCAGAGGGGUCUGUGGAAUGAUUCGGAGGCGAUUCCGCUGCUGGUCCGGUCCGCCCUGACGCUGAAGGCGUUGCCGGAGAUGGACGCGACGUGCUCCUGGUUCCCUGUGGAUCGGCUGGCUCAGUGCAUCCUCGAGAUUGCCGGGACAUGCCUCGAGAGAGCGGAAACGGCGAUCCGUGACGGCGUCGACAGCUCUACGAAUGGUGACGUCGAAACCGGCACCGGCGAUGGCUCGGUCUAUAACAUAGUGAAUCCCCACGCCUUCACCUGGGCCGCACUGUUGGAACAGCUCAAGCGAGGCGGGUUUCAAUUCGACGCGGUGCCUUUUGCCGAGUGGCUGCAGCUGCUGGAGGCGAGUGAAGCCCGACACGAAGAGAGGAUCAAUCCAGCCGUGAAGCUGAUCUAUCAUUACCGGAAGACAUAUGGCCAGGGGGCCGCCGCCGAGCUCGCCAAGACCUUCACAAUGCAGAAUGCCCGACGCGACAGCGAGACCCUCCGAGAGGGCACCAAAAUGCUGGAAGGCGGUGUCCUCCGCCGCUAUGCCAGGGAUUGGCUGAAUCGCUGGGAGACUAGCUCCGCGCGACCGGCGACCGCCAGCUAA